UGACACUUCCUGGUUAGGUACGGAGAGAGCCUGGUGAAAGGAGCCGGGUUGGUGAAGGAAAGUCGUAGCCAUGGCGCCAGGAGGCAUCUCGGUGCCAGUCAUCGUGAUGAGCGUGUUCUGGGGGGUCGUCGGCAUUUUUUUCCCCUUCUUCAUCCCUAAAGGUCCCAGUCGUGGUAUUAUCAUCAUCAUGCUGGUCGUCAGUUCUGUUUGCUGCUAUCUCUUUUGGCUGAUUGCUUUUCUGGCCCAGCUCCACCCUCUCUUUGGACCAGAGUUAAAAAAUGAAACCAUCUGGUAUCUCUCAUAUCACUGGCCUUGAGGAAGAGGAUGAUCUGUGUGACUCUCUCAUUUAGGAAAAGAAGAUAAAUAUUCUACAUCUUCUAAGAGCACCUCUUAAUCCAAAGACUGCCUUAACUCAUCUGUCUGGAGACCAGCUGCCUUAAAUAUUUAUACUAUACUUGAAUUUUCACCUUAUUCCAAACUUCAGUAUUUUUGUCUGUUACAUACUUUUUAAAAAUUCACUUUGUCAAACUGUGUGCCUCUUUUAUCUAACAAAUAAACCAAAGGUAUAUGGGGGAGGAGUUCUUCAAGUUCUUAGACAUAAAUGGGAAAAAGACAAUAAUACAUCUCACUAAAAUCAUAUUCUUCUGCAUCAGAAGAGUCCAUAUACCUUUGAUAUAUUUAAGACUCAAACACAAACAGCAAGAUGAAUGGCUACAGUUUUGUUCAUCACCAAGAGAUCAUGUUCAGAGGAAAAAUGUACCCUAAAGGUGUUGGAGCUGUAUCAAACUGUAUUUUCCAAAGAAUUUAAAUUAAAUUUCUAUCUCCCUUUGGAAUAAAAAUUUUUUUUCUGUUUCCCACAAAAA